AUUAAGUUGGCAGCACCGCAACUGCGAUUUGUAAAAUAUAAACAAAUCGAAAUCAACUAAAAUGCUUGCCGGUCGCUUGUUCGUCCGUUCGAUCGUAAGUCGGGCAUGCUUGGCCACCAUGGGCAUCCGGUCACAGCCCCAAGCACACGCCAGACAAGUGAUCCUGCCCAACAUACCAGCAACAACCGCAGUUGCGAUUCAAUGCGAAGAAUCCACCAGCAAUCGGCGAUUUUUUAGCAGUCAAAUUGAGACGGAAUCCACGUUGGACGGCGCCACCUACGAGCGUGUGUGCUCGGACACCCUGGACGCACUGUGCGACUACUUCGAGGAGCUGACGGAGAACGCCUCCGAGCUGCAGGGCACGGAUGUGGCUUACAGCGAUGGCGUGCUCACCGUGAAUCUGGGAGGCCAGCACGGCACCUAUGUGAUCAACCGACAGACGCCCAACAAGCAGAUCUGGCUCAGUUCGCCCACCAGCGGUCCCAAGCGAUACGAUUUCGUCGGCACUGUGGCGGCGGGCAGAUGGAUCUACAAGCACAGUGGUCAGUCGCUGCACGAGCUGCUGCAGCAGGAGAUACCCGGCAUACUGAAGUCGGAGUCCGUGGACUUUCUACGCCUGCCCUACUGUAGUUAAUUCCGUGAUUAGUUUAAAUGCUCCUCCAUAAAAAGUCGGUUGAAACGUUCGAUUUGAUAUAUUUAUUGUUGUUCAUCUGAAGGCACAGUGGUCACUCGAUACAUGAACUGCUGCUGCUGGAGAUGAUGCUUCCCUGGAGCUCUGAAGCUAAGCUUCUGGUAUAAAUGCUUUGCAUUUUGAAAUUUGUUGUUUUGAGAGGGAUACACAUAAAAAUCAAUUGGUUAAUGUAUAAAUCGAAUAAUUUACCUUUGGUUUUUCAAUGUUCAGGCUGAUAUUCCACCAUUAAAGAACGUUAGCUGUAGCUAUAAACAUUUUA